UCUCUCCGCCUCUCUGGUGCGCGUCCCGCCCCCUUGAACAGCGAUACGCCGAGCGCUCAACAUCCGAGGACUUUGGCCCAGAGUAACCCCGCUCUCGUGACCUUUCCCCUCCAUUCCGCACCUCCGGCUGCAGGCGGGUACAGAGGCUGGCUGGCAGCUGGGCUCUCGCGCCCCUUUCUGCAGGGCGCAGGCUCUCCCCCUCCCGGCUCCUCCGCGCUGUUCCUCGUCAUGGCGGCCCUCAGCAAGUCCAUCCCUCAUAACUGCUAUGAGAUCGGCCACACUUGGCACCCUUCCUGCCGGGUCUCCUUCCUGCAGAUCACUGGGGGCGCCCUGGAGGAGUCCCUGAAGAUCUAUGCCCCUCUGUACUUGAUUGCAGCAAUUCUCCGGAAACGGAAAUUAGACUAUUACUUACACAAACUACUCCCUGAGAUCCUACAGUCUGCUUCGUUUCUGACUGCUAAUGGGGCCUUGUAUAUGGCUUUCUUUUGCAUUUUAAGGAAGAUACUUGGAAAAUUCUACUCAUGGACUCCUGGCUUUGGUGCCGCUUUGCCAGCAUCUUACGUGGCCAUUCUCAUUGAACGAAAAAGCAGGAGAGGGCUGCUCACAAUUUAUAUGGCCAACUUGGCCACAGAAACACUAUUCAGAAUGGCUGUAGCAAGAGGAACCAUCACAACAUUAAGAAAUGGAGAAGUCCUUUUGUUUUGCAUCACAGCUGCCAUGUACAUGUUCUUUUUCAGAUGCAAAGAUGGUUUGAAAGGAUUUACAUUUUCAGCACUUAGGUUCAUUGUAGGGAAGGAAGAAAUUCCCACACAUUCUUUUUCACCAGAGGCAGCAUAUGCAAAAGUGGAACAAAAGAGAGAGCAACUCGAGGAAAAACCCAGAAGAAUGAAUAUGAUUGGUCUACUCAGGAAACUUGUGGAUUCAAUAUGCAAACAUGGACCAAGGCAUAGAUGUUGCAAACAUUAUGAAGAUAAUUGCAUCUCUUAUUGCAUUAAAGGUUUCAUCAGAAUGUUUAGUGUGGGGUACUUGAUCCAGUGCUGCCUCCGAAUCCCCUCUGCAUUUAGGCAUCUGUUUACACAGCCAUCCCGGCUAAUUUCUCUCUUCUACAAUAAAGAAAACUUCCAGCUUGGAGCUUUUCUUGGCUCUUUUGUUAGUAUAUACAAGGGUACUAGUUGUUUCCUGCGCUGGAUCAGAAACUUAGAUGAUGAACUACAUGCUAUUAUAGCUGGAUUUUUGGCAGGUAUAUCAAUGAUGUUUUAUAAAAGCACAACAAUAUCCAUGUAUUUAGCAUCCAAAUUGGUGGAGACAAUGUAUUUCAAAGGCAUUGAAGCAGGGAAGGUUCCCUAUUUUCCUCAUGCAGAUACUAUCAUCUAUUCCAUCUCUACAGCAAUUUGCUUCCAGGCAGCUGUCAUGGAAGUUCAGACCUUGAGACCUUCUUACUGGAAGUUCCUUUUAAGACUCACCAAGGGCAAAUUUGCUGUCAUGAAUCGAAAAGUCCUUGAUGUUUUUGGUACUGAUGCAUCUAAACACUUUAAGGAUUUCAUCCCCAGGUUGGAUCCAAGAUACACAACAGUAACACCAGAGUUGCCCACAGAGUUUUCUUGAAGAUGAUUGUAAUUUAUUAAUGUGACUAAAUGUUUCCUAAUUAUCUUGGAGAGUUAAUUAUGUUGAACACAAAGAAGGGGGCCCAAGCUUGAACCUCAGUGUUAUUUCAGUGAGAGAUACUCUUUUCCUUUGUUUUGUUUUCCUUAUGACUCAGAAAUUCAGAAGCUUUUUAGGAAGGUGUUGCUUAAUAAUUAAGCUUCCUCCAUAGCUAGAAUAAGAUUCUGGAUCUACAUAAGAUUCUACACUGUAGUGAUUGACAUUAUGAUAUAUUAUUGAUCAAAUUAUGUCCACAAGCAAUAUUAUAUAAUCUAUGUAGAAGUUUAAUAACAAGAGGACACUUAAAAUUAUUUUAAAAGGUGUCUUUAGUUCAUUCCAAUAUAAUUCUUGAUUAAAACUAGGAUUAUUUCUACAUUUUAGGAUUUACAAAGGAUCACGGGUACAUGGAUUUGGUCUGUAUAUUUUUUUAAUGGUUGAAUUGGUAUCUGUAGUAGUGGAAUGUUAUAGAUUUGAAGCAACUCUCCACGGACAGUGCUGCUUUCAUGUGGAGCAAUUUAAUUGGAGAAGUGGCCAUUCUUACUUCAGGGAUGCAAAGAUGGGUCUCAUACCAUUUGGAUAAAUGUCGUGGUAUCCAGCUUGUUUUUAAACUAAUAACAUCAUCUCUCUUCGUGACCAGUUAGUUGGGCUAUUUGGCUGCUCAGUGAACCUGUGUACUGAUGGCAAUUAAGGGGCAAAUGGAAAUGGACACAUCUGAUAGAGUUGAAAUGUAUGUUUUAAUCUUUUACAGGAGUAUUACACUUGAAUAUUUAAAAACAAAACUUUUAAAGUUCCUAUAGGUUUAUUAUGUUUGUUUUCAUUUAUAUGGACAUAAUUCUUCAUAGCACAGUUUAUAUGCCAUUGUUAUAUUAGAAGGGAUCAAAAGCCUAUGGAACAAAGUCAUCUUGCCAAGUUGGCAGUUUGUGUCCUCUCAGCUGUUUAGCUUAUGUAAUAGAUGUUUUGCACCUGAAAACAAUAUAAAAAUCCAGUGGUUGUUUAAAAAGUCCAUUUUGUCACUAAUUGGAUUCCAGUUCUCCAGCCUUCUUUUUGAAAAUCAUUGUCACCAUUUUUACUGUUAGCACAAAGAGGUUCUGCUGAUAAUUAGAAAUUCAGGACAGCUGUGAUUGAAAUAUGGUCACUAUUUACAGUUUUUCAAGGAAAAGUUACACUUUUCUAUGUUAAUAAAAGACUGACGUCGUCUAUAGUUGACGUAACAUGUAGGGAUGAUGGUAUUUUUAAAAUAUAAUUUUGUCGCUAAAAAGUUUUUAGGCCAAUGUGAAUUAUGCAGUAGAACUUGUGUUGCAAAAGGAAUUAUAACCCAGACUUUAAAAAUGCUGAAUCCCCAUAUUCAGUGUCAUUAAGCCUUGUAUACUUCUGUUUAAAUGUAAUUCAGUCCUUGGUUGUUAUGGCAAAUAGAAACCCAACGUAAAAACAGACUCUGGUACAUGGUAAUAGAACCACUUUUAAUUCGGUCAAAAUUUGGCAUUAUGAUUAGCUUUUUAGAAUUGACCUGUUCAUUUGGCAAUGCAGUUAAAGGAUCAUUUUGGUUUCAGACUUCAAAAUUGAUUAAUAAAUUUAAUCUUCAUUUUUAUUCACUGGAAUCAAAAUGAUGAUUGGUACUGUUUACUGUAUAAAAUGAAGUAUUAAAGCACUGCUAACUGCACCUCAUUUGCUCAGUCCAGAAAGUAUGUUUAUAUAUUUUCCUGUCAGGUUAAAAAAUAUGUUUUAAUUCAUAAAUUAUUGUUUUCAUUGACAUUAAAAGACUCUGAUAUUAAAAGACGAAUUACGAAAUUUGCUGAGAUUGUUUAGUAAAAUGUUGCUGGUCAAAAAGGUGUAUAUCUACAAUUUACUUUUUUGUUUUUUAUAAAUUGCAGUCAUUUUAAAAAUUUUAUAUAAAAUGCAAAAUGAAAUAACUGUCGUGAAGCAGAAUACAAUGGUGAAUGUAUAGCUUGAGUGAAUAGUUAACCAAUUUGCAGUGGUGGGUUGAGAAGUCCAGUUUGAUUUCACUGGGACAGACUGCAAAGUGUAGUUGUUUGAACAAACACAAAGACAAUUUGUGUUUUUGAAGACAAUCAGAAUGAUUACCUUUCUACCUCUAACUAAUCAGGUAUUGAUUGAUGACUUUUUGCCAUUAUAAAUAAAGUUAAAUAGAUCCUGCAUUCCAAAA